AUGUCGCUUCCAAAUACAACUCGACGUGCCUUCCUCCGGUUAUGUCGUGUGAAGAAUUCGCCACCAGCUCCGCUAAGAACGAGUGUACAAUGUCGAAGGUAUAUGAAUUCCUCAAGACCUUCGCCGACUCCAAUAUCCAGGAUUUGUCAGGCGAGAGGAGCGUUGCCACUUUUCCUAUUCCUAGGCUCGCUGGGAUGGGGAUUGGUGACGAAUUUGGAAGCUGAAGAGGCAGUGAGCCCAAAUCAAAACGCAAGCUCGAAUGUGAACGAGAAAAACGAAAAGAGUUUCAGACUCCCAGAGAUCAAAGAACAUGGACCGAAAAGCGAGAGACCCUGGGUUAUCAGGGGAGAUCGCGUGUAUGAUAUUACGGAUUGGAUUGCGGGACAUCCGGGGGGAGAGGUGAUUCUGAGGGCUGCGGGGGGGAGUGUGGAACCUUAUUGGAAAAUAUUCAACAUCCACCAAAAGCAGGAGGUAUAUGAUAUCCUAGAAAUGUACUUUAUCGGCACAGUCGACCCUCAAGACCUAGUCAAUGGCUCAGUACCAUCAGACGCAAUAGAAGAUCCUUUCAUCAACGACCCCGUCCGCGACCCACGACUUCAUCAACACACCUCCCGUCCAUGCAACGCCGAAACCCCAGCAUCCCAUCUCUCCACCUUCAUAACCCCCAACCACGUCUUCUACGUCCGUAACCACAUGUGGGUACCCUCACCCCCUCCCAACACCACCCUAACAAUCGAACUCCCCUCCGGCGACGAAAUUUCCAUCCCCCUGGACGACCUCAAAACCAAAUUUCCACAACACACCAUCACCUCAACCCUCCAAUGCUCCGGCAACAGACGCUCCCACAUGACCAAAGCCUGCACCCACACCUCCGGACUCCAAUGGAAAGCCGGCGCCAUCGGCACCGCAACCUGGACGGGUCCCUUCCUGCGCGACGUUCUUGCCUCCACUGGUUUCCCCAUCGCCAACCCGCCCCAGGACGCAAAACACGUACAGUUCGUUGGCCACGAAGCCUACGGCGCUUCCAUCCCCAUCGACAAAGCGCUCUCCUUCUCCGGCGAUGUAAUUCUCGCACACACCAUGAACUCAGCACCUAUUCCCCCUGAUCACGGCUAUCCCCUGCGCGUCGUCGUCCCUGGCCAUGUCGCAGCGCGUUCCGUGAAAUGGCUGUCCAAAAUCGCCAUUAGCGACGAGGAAUCUACAUCCCAAUGGCAGCGACGUGAUUACAAGUCCUUCGGUCCGAACGAGCGCGGUCUCGAAGACUGGAGUAAAGCGAAGAGUAUCCAGGAGAUGCCCGUUAACAGCGCCGUUACAUCCGUCGUGCCGCUUCCUGGCGGUGGCUUCGUGGUGAAAGGUUGGGCGUAUUCAGGUGGUGGCCGGGAGAUUGUACGGGUGGAUGUUAGUACGAAUGGCGGGCGGAGUUGGGAUCAAGCUGUUCUCAAGGAGGAGCAAGAGCUUGGCUCGAGUUCGAAACAUUGGGCGUGGAAACAGUGGCGGUAUACUAUUCCUUCGUAUACGAUCUCGGAUGCGAAGUCAAAGAGCGAGAAUUUGGAAGGGAAGAAGAAGGCGAAGAUGACGCUUGUGGUUAAGGCGACGGAUGAAGCGUAUAAUACGCAGCCGGAGAAAUUCGAGCCGAUUUAUAAUGUUAGGGGGAAUCUGGCGGUGGCGUGGCAUCGGGUGCCGCUUUCGGUGGAGAAGUUGGAGAGGAGGGAGAGGAAGGGAGAGAAUUGA